UCCACUACGCCAUCGCCGCUACCUUCCGGUCUACAGGCGUAUGACCGGGUCCCCCGGGAGAAACUGUGGGAGGUGCUGCGGGAGUAUGGGAUCAUCAUCAUGCACAGUGAUCUUCAGAGCCUGGAUCAUGUGAAGACGUUGAAGAGGAAAAGAUUGUGGUUCAGGCUACUACUGGUGUUCCUGUUCUUCCUUUCCUGUGUUACUUCCUAUUUCAUAUACCCUGUUAUAUCAAGCUACGAAACAUCUCCAAACAUCAGCAUGUUGCAUUGUGACAGCUUGCACAUGCAGCACAAGUGGGAGAGCCUCCAUCUAAACAUUAGCAGGCUGUCACAUCUCUUUCUAAAAGCGGGGGAUUUCUUCUGGCAAGAACAUCCAUCAGAUCAGGCUUUACCUUAUGGCAUUAAGGGCAGUGAGCAACUGCUGCUGAAAAUUCUUUCAAUUAUCAACCAAAAUGAGCCAGAAGACAUUGACCUGGAAUGCAGAACCUGUGUCGUCGUCGGGAAUGGGUUUUCCAUUAUAAACACUUCUCUGGGGGGUGUGAUCGACAAGCAUGACGUGAUCAUUCGGCUAAAUGACGCUCCAGUAAGGGGCUAUGAGGAGGACGUGGGCCACAAGACCACCAUGAGGCUCUUCUACCCGGAGUCCGCGUCCAACAACCCAGGCCUGAAUAACAACCCUGAAACCCUGAUGGUCAUGGUGCCUUUCAAACAGCAAGACCUCCUCUGGCUCAAAUCCAUCGUCAACAAUGAGAAAAGGGUGAGGAAAGGCUUUUGGAAGCUUCCUCCCCUGAUGUGGCUGGGUGAUAUCAGUAAACUCAGAGUGCUGGACCCCUACUACUUCCACCAGACAGCAGACCGACUGCUGAAGAUCCCCCUACCUUCCAAGCCUGGGAAGACAGUGCAACCGACCACAGGGAUGUUGGCCAUUUUUGUGGCUCUAAACUACUGUGAUGUGGUUCACGUUGCUGGUUUCGGAUACCCCUCAUUCAAAAACCAAAAUGAUCAAGUCCACUACUAUGGACACGAUACAAUUAAACAGAUGAAGGUUUCUCCACAUAAUGUCAGCAAUGAAGCGGGUGCCUUAAAAAUGAUGGAGGAUUUGGGUGCCAUUGUUUACCUGCAUUCACAUUCGUGACACAGAGGGUUAACCCUAACCCUUAACUUCAGAACUGAUUAACUCUUUGAGCUUACACUUAACUUUCUGUUGGAUUCAUCCAAGCAUCAUAUUAAUUGGCUUUUGGAUAACACCCAGUUGACAGUUUAAGUACUCUAAUCCUCAUUUUUAAUAACCUUGUAUGCAAUUUAAUGGUAUAAAAAACGUUUUUUGGGUCUUAGUCUUGCCUGACCAAUUCAGAUACGUUAUUUACAUUGGGCUUUAUCACAUUAACAACCUGUUGCAGGUAAGAAGUUUGAGAUAUUAAAUGUGUGUUUGAUGUAUUGAAUGUCUGUGUAGACAAUCAGAUUCCAAUCAGAAAAUGUUGUCAAUCUGGAAUAGCUGAUCUUAGGGUGUUGCAUUCAGAUCUUACAUGCUGAGGUUAUAGUCGGGUACACUGUCGAAAACUGCAUUGUCUGCUUGUAUUGAAAAUACACCUAAAAUUGUCUGAAAAAAUGGCGGUCUACCUACCUCAGUUGGAUGCCUGGUACCGCCAUCGGUCGCACAACAAAGUCCCAACUCUUCUCUGUUUCGGAACCGCAAAUGGUGGAACGAGCACCCUGCCGAUGUCAGGACUGCAGAGUUGCUCACCAGCUUCCACAAGAGUAUCAAGACUACCUUUUCAGAGUUAAUCUGGACUCUACAAAGCCUUCCUCCUUACCUCCCUCCUCCCUUACUCUCUGAAAAACACCCCAGGCACUUAAAGAACCUUAUCCUAUACCUAUCUUUGUUGAAUCCAGGGAAUGGAUUAACCAAGCAAUUGUUAAUGCUUGGCACUUGUUCUAUGAACAUCCUUACCGUACCGAAAGCGAUAUAUUGUUUUUUCUCUUUCUUGAGUCACUUUGGAUAAGAGAGUCUGAUAAAUGCCCUGAAUGUUAAUAAAAUGUAAAUGUACCUUUAGGCAUCCUUGUGCAAGAUGCCUGACCCCUGCUUGCACCUUAAAGUGUAAUUCCG